AUGUCGAACUUGAACACACAACGGGAAGCGAAGCCUGUUGCACAUCCGGCCAAGGCAAAAUCACGGUCGCCGUCUACGGUGGACCGACUGGAUGCAGUGUGGUUGGAACGUAGCAAGUUAUCCCGACUUCCCAACCAGGAGGAUUUCACUUCCCAUGACAUUGACGACAUUAAUGGUUUCAUUGAUUUGGGUUUUCGGUUUGAUUCCCCGGAUAUGGAUCCUAAGUUGUUUAAAGUUUUGCCAGGCCUACAAUUUUAUCGUGCCGUGACGAACCAACGCGAUAUCACUAGUUUAUCCAAGUCUUCUUCAUCAUCAACAACAAGAGAUAGUUGUGAUAUGAGUAUGGCUAACAAAGAAGAAACCCCACUCCGCAAAUUUUUUGACCUUGAUGAUCAAGAGAAGACAACGGCUAGGCUACUAGAGUGGGUAAAAGUGGUUGCAAGCGACGCCCGCCGAAAAUCAAGAAGUUUUUCUAGCCACAAUACUGAUGAUGGUUAA